GUCGUUUGCCCAUCUGCUGCCGCUUCCUUGCCGCUGCGCUCUUUUGCGCACACAUCCUCGUCGCGCUACUGCACACGCGCACGAGCCAGCAGCAGCGCAGGCGCCGGCCUCCUUCUUGCCGACUGCGAGCGUGCCACUGCCGCGGUGCCCAGCCUUCUCGCAACGCGCGAUAUGACUUCGUUCCUCUCGCUUCCCGUCGAGCUGCAGAUUGAGAUACUGCCGGACUGGUGCGGUGACGGGCACCAGCUGCGCGUUCUCAGGCGCACCUGCCGGGCCUUCAACACCGUCAUCAACAGCUCUGCCUUCGACAAGCUUCUGUUUCGCACCAAGACGGUCGACAUGGCUGCGCUCGAGAGUGCAGUGCAGCGCCAUCAGGGCACGCCGGCCAUGUGUUAUCUACUGAAGGAGCUGAAUACGAGCAUGGAGCGUUUUACCUUCAUUGAUGACUAUUACUUCAUGUUCGAGCCGCUCAGCAAUCUCACCGGACCGCUCCAGAAGCACGAGCUUCUCAAUAUGAGGUUCAUCUUCGGCGAGCGCUACCACAACAUGCGCGUUCGACAAGCUCACUGCAGUGAAUGCACCCGGCUUGAGGAGCUCUGCGACAGCUGUGACCCGCAGCCGAGGGAGAAGAGCGGCGAGGCUGUCGAGCCCUUGCCACUGCUUCACAUGCAUGCAGCCGCUGAUGAAAAUGCAACUGAGCCUCCCGUCUCUGAACUUGUGCUUGUUGACACAAGUUGUGUUGAAGGCUCCUUCAGCAUGGUGCCCAAGACGCUUGUCAUGAAGAACGGCAAGAUCAUCUCGACUCGCGCAAGGCGGGCACAAUUUGAGAUCAAGAACCUGGACAACAAGCCGAUUAGCGUUGCGCAGUUCUGGUGAGCACCGCAGACAGCCUACCUCACGUUCGCAUCCGCGAGGCAAAGAGGCUGACUAGCAUUGCAACGUCUCCUGCUGAGCUGCAAGCAAACGGCCGCUAUCUCAUCCGCAAGGUUGGCGUUGACGAGUUUGAUGAGACUCUGACUGAUUCCGACGACGCCAAGAUGUGUUCGUGCGGCUACUGCAAGCACAGAGAUCACUGUGGCUGCAUAGCCUGCUGGUUCCGAAGCGAGAGCGAUGAGGAUCGCUGGUUUGCAAGAGAUGGGGAUGCGGAGUCUGACGCACAGGAAGGCGAAGGGGACGAGCAAGCGGAGAACGGAGGGGAGGAUGGAAUGGUCGAGGAGGAAGAGGAGUAGCAGAUCGAGAAGAUGUUGCAGCAACGGC